AAAAUGGCAUCUUCUUGAUGGAUAAACCAAAUAUACGGCCAAUUGUUUUUGGAAAAAUUCUUGGGUAUAUUUAUACUGGCGAUGUUUUCUUAUCCUUAGAAAACGAAGAUGUUUUAGAGAUCCUGAUCGCUGCCGACGAGCUAAUUCUUGAGGCGUUAAUUGACUCAAUCCAGGACUAUCUUAUUUCUGAAGGGGUAAAUUGGAUUAAAGAAAAUUUUAUUAAAGUCCGGCAAGUCGUCUCAAGGCUUGAAUCAUGCAAAAAAAUUUCGAAAACCUGCGACGUGAUUAUAGAAACAGAACCUAAAAUCAUUUUCAAAUCCAAAAUGAGUUUGACGAUUGAUAAAGAUCUUUUGAUUUCUUUAUUGAAGCGAGAAGAUUUGGAUAUGAAAGAAAUCAAAAUUUGGGACUUUCUCGUGAAAUGGGGAAUUGCACAAAGUG